AUGCAUUUCCUCCUUGCGUUCACCACCCUCGCUGCCCUUGCUGCUGCUGCUCCUUUAAUCCCAAGGGCUCUGGCCUCGGGGGGUGAGGAUCUCUGCAAGCGCAACAACAAACUCGCCUUCGAUGGACCUAAGAAAGUGGCCGGCCCCAGGGUUCCAAUCAACAACAAAGUCAGCUUCAACAGACCCGAGAAUGAAGCCGAGCUCAGGGCUCUGACCAAACGCAACAACAACAAGUUUGCCUAUGAUGGAGCUAAAGAUGAGGCUACUUUCAAGGCCUCGCUUACCUGGCCAAAACUUACGUGUUACCUUGCUAUUUCCGUGUCGAGUAUGAAACUGGCUGUGUAG